CACCACGUUCGAUUCGACCGCGUUUGCUGCGUGUCGAAGUUUGAAGUUCUUUCUGCUGCUUUACUUUCGUGCUGGUUGCCGAAGCUUGCCGCAAAUAAGUUUUGUACUACUUCGUGCUGGGUGUGACCGGUUUUCUAUUUUACCUCUAAAAAGUGCCAGUACGCUUUGCCUUUGCGACUUUUUUCAACGAAUUACAAAAAGCCUGAACUAGUAAGAUGUCUACUACAGCCCAGUAUUACCCAUUCAAAUGCACUCCCACCGUCUACCCGGCGGAUCCCUUCGAUCCCGUGGCCGACGCGGCAACUUUACGCAAGGCGAUGAAGGGAUUCGGUACCGACGAGAAAUCCAUCAUCGACGUGUUAGCUCGUCGCGGUAUCGUCCAACGUUUGGAGAUCGCCGAAACGUUUAAGACGUCCUACGGAAAAGACCUAAUUUCCGAAUUGAAAAGUGAACUGGGCGGAAAAUUCGAAGACGUUAUUAUCGCUCUUAUGACACCUCUUCCACAAUUUUACGCCAAGGAACUUCACGACGCCGUCGCCGGGCUCGGUACCGACGAAGAGGCCAUCAUCGAAAUUCUAUGCACCCUUUCUAAUUACGGAAUUCGUACUAUCGCACAAUUUUAUGAACAAAUGUACAAUACCACCCUCGAGAAAGAUCUGAAGGAUGACACUUCUGGCCACUUUAAACGUUUACUUGUCUCAUUAGUGCAGGGCAACCGUGAUGAAAACCAGGGAGUGAACGAAGCACAAGCAGUCGCCGACGCCGAUCACCUAUUCAAAGCCGGCGAGGCCAAGUGGGGUACCGACGAAUCCGAAUUCAACGUGAUCUUAGUCACGAGAAGCUACCAACAACUUCGCCAGGUGUUCGCCGAGUACGAACGACUCUCCGGUAAGGACAUUGAGGAGGCCAUCAAGAAGGAAUUCUCAGGAUACGUGCAGAAGGGAUUACUAGGAAUCGUCAAGUGCGUCAAGAGCAAAGUCGGGUAUUUCGCCGAACGCUUGCACGACGCAAUGGCCGGUUUGGGCACCAAGGAUAAGACUCUGAUUCGCAUUAUUGUUUCAAGAUCCGAAAUCGAUUUGGCCGAUAUUAAACAGGCUUUCGUUGAUAAAUAUGGAAAAUCUUUGGAGAGUUGGAUAACCGGCGAUACUUCGGGAGAUUACAAGAGGGUGCUUCUGGCUAUUGUCGAUUAAACUACAUAGUACCUACCUCCUUUACUGCACCAUUAAUAAUUGUAUAUUGCACUGAUAUAUUAUAGCUUCGUCAUACUGCCAUUUUUUAAUUACACGUCCAAAUUUGUAAUUUUUGUAUUACAGGAUGAUGUGACUAAGCAAAUUAGGUAUGCGUUGGUCAGUUUGACGGCAUACGGUUAAGUAUAAUUUUUAAGACACAGUCAAAUUACUACAAACGUCAUAGAUUGUUAAACUGUAUUUUUUUAACGUUUAGCUUAGUGGCCUUGCUGAUAAUCUCAGAGCUUUAUGAAUAAACAGUAAUGUACGCGGAGUAAUUUUUGUACGAUGUAUGUGUUUUUUGUGGAUUAUUAUAGGUUU